CGGCGGCCGCCCCUGCAGCCGGCGAGGGGCGGGGCUCGCCCUAGGCUGCUCCGGAGGGGCGGCGGCGGAGGCGUGGAGGCGGCCGCGGAGGCUGCAUCCCGGACCCAGCCUGGGAAGGAGUGACGGGGGUGGGGCGGGAGGGCACCGGCGGCCGGCGGGGCGCCUCAGGCCUCGCGUCCACCUGCCCGGCCGCACGCUCUCCCCUGGGUCAGCGGGGCCUGCGCCGGCCCGGACCCAUGGCGGCGUCGGCUGCUCUGUCGGCGGCGGCGGCGGCGGCGGCCCUGUCGGGCCUGGCGGUGCGGCUGUCGCGCUCAGCGGCGGCCCACGGCUCGUACGGCGCCUUCUGCAAGGGGCUGACGCGCACGCUGAUCACCUUCUUCGACCUGGCCUGGCGGCUGCGCAUGAACUUCCCCUACUUCUACGUGGUGGCCUCGGUGAUGCUCAACGUCCGCCUGCAGGUGCGGAUCGAGUGAGCGGGCGCCGCCGCAGCCCCCGCCGGAGGGUCCCGCGCACCGGGCCGCGCCGGGUAGGGGCGCCGGCAUGGAGGACGGCCGGCGGGACGCGGCGGGGGCAGGAGGCGGGGCGGCCCGGGCCCCCGGGCCCUAGACCUCCGCGGGGGGGCGCCGGCCACCCGGCCGCCCAGCCACCCGGCCGGGCCCCGGCCACGACCGGCCGCCCGCCCGCGGCGUGGCCGGUGACCUAUUGCACAGAAACUCUGCAAACGGGCCCUUACUGUCGGACUCGAGGGGAAAAAACCAAACAAACCAAAAAACGAUUCGAGGGCAGCCGACCUGUUGCCUCACGUUGGCCAGAGCCGGGGAAGCCGCAAGGAAAAAUUCUGCAGCAGGGACUUGACUGGCCCCGAUCCACAAGGAACCAGUCUUCGUAGGUGGUGACCCACCCCUUCCGUGGCCUGGUCGAGAGACUACCAUCCCUGCCCAGAGGCGGCCCCUGGGCCCAGUGCUGCCUGGGGAGCUGCGGGGCAAAGGGCCUAGCCCGGGAGGAGAGAAAGGACCUUCCAGGCAGAGGCACCGGCCGCUGGGGUAGCCGGUGGUCCCGUUCUGGCAUGGGGAAGGACGUGACCCUGUCACCUCAGCGCUGCAUCUCCUAGCGACACUUUGAGGGCAUUCUGCGCUCCCCACCUGAUGUUUGGAAGAGCUGGCUCUGGGACUGGGAGAGAUGGGUCCUUGUCCUACAGAUACAAAGGAGUGGGGCUGAAUCUGCGCCCCGUCUUUGAGAAAAUCUGGCUCUGUGGGGGAGGGGAGUUCAAGGCCCCCCUGGGGGACCUAGGGGGAGAGAACGAGGUCCAGGGUAGGGAAUGUGGGGAACUGGCUCUUCUUGGGGUGGUGUGGGAGGCCACAGGGAAGACCGUCGGAGCUGAGAUGGACACAGGGGAGAGUCCUAGAAUGCCCUGCAGAGCGGAGGGCUCUACCCACAGAGCCUGGCCUCCCCUGCCACCCCACCCCAGGCUGGACCAAGAGCUCCUCGGCAGCUGGGUGGCACGGGCCUCUCGGUUUGGGUGGCAGAGUGGGGGUGGGGUGGUGGCAGGGCCCCUGGGCACAGGCUGGAACCAGGAGGGUGAAGGGAUAAACCUGAGAUGGGUCCCCAGGCGUGUCACCCCCCAGUCUGGGAUCGGGCCAGAGAACGUCCUCUGGAUGGGCUUGGAUUGGCCCUGAGGCCCCAGAUGUGCGGCUCCUUGGCCCACCGGGAUGGCCAGCCAUGGCCUCAAGGGGGCCAGGAAAGACUCCGGUCCCCCAGCCACUCUGUCCCCAGUUGCUCUCGGUCCCCAGGCUCCAAAUUCCUGGGACUGAAAACCGAAGCAGUCUGUCCAGCCCCAGGGACAGAGUGGCCCUGUGUCACCCUUCUGCCCUCCUUAGUCGCCCUCUAGAGGAUGGGUCCUGAGUGAAGAGCUCUGCCUGCCUCACCCUGGGGACCGAGGCCCAAUGAGGCCACCAUGUGUGCCCUGCAGCUUCCCACAGACAGGGUGUGAUGGCUCUCACCUCGUGCCAAGGGUUCUGCGGUCCCUGGUCCAGGUGGCACCUCCUGUACCCCAAUCCUCUCCACCCAGGAUCGUGUCUAGGAGC